AUGGACACCUACCGGCUUGGCGUGGAUGUUGGAGGCACUUUCACCGAUGCUUGCGCCUUCAGCCCCAAUGGCAAGAUCUAUCGAGCCAAAGUCCCAUCUACUCCCCACGACCAGUCUAUCGGCGUAAAGAACUCCAUCGACAAAGUCCGAGCAGCGAUCCAGGCAGUAGAGCCAUUCACCGGCAAGUUUGGGGCUCUCCACCAUGGCUCCACCGUGGCUACAAAUGCUCUGCUGGAAGGCAAGGGCGUACCAGCGGCCUUGAUCGUGACUGAGGGACACAAAGACGUUCUGGUUGCGAGAAGAUCACAGAUUCCAGGAGGUCUGGCGUCGUGGAUCAAUUGGGCACCUCCACCGCCUUUGAUCCCGCUCGAACGCACCCUUCAAGUGCCGGAGAGAAUCGGAGUCGAUGGCAGUGAAGUCAGGCCAAUUGACCAGGAUGCGCUUCGCAGGGAGCUCCUCACAGUGAAAGGCAAGGUCCAAGCUGUCACAGUUUCUCUGAUCAAUUCUUGGGUCAACGGUGAGCACGAGAAGGAAGUCGGAAAGAUCGUGAAGCAGGUUCUGGGAGAUGAUGUUGAGGUAUCGCUUUCCCAUGAAGUGCUGCCAGAGCUGGGAGAGUACGAGCGGACUGUGACAGCAGCCGCGAACUCAGUGGUGAAGCCUGAGGUCAAACGCUACAUGAAAGGACUCAGCGAGAAGCUCAACGACGACACACCGACAGUGCGCAUUUUGAAGAGCGAUGGCGGCCUCACGAACCUGACCCUCGCCGGAGAACUACCCGUCAACAUUCUGAUGUCAGGACCUGCUGGUGGCGUCAGAGGCAUCACCAGCAUCAUCGCCAAUGCCACCGGACACAAGAACUUGGUCACGCUGGACAUGGGAGGCACAAGCACAGAUGUUGCUCUGAUUGCAAACUCUCUGCCUUCCCUCCGGCGUGAGACGAUGGUUGGUGACCUUGCCGUACGAAGCCCCAGCGUGGAUGUUCGCACGAUUGGUGCCGGUGGAGGCAGUCUGGCCUUCUUCUCGAAGCUCACGAAUACUCUCCGCGUGGGGCCCGAAUCCAGCGGUGCCAACCCGGGUCCGGCGUGUUAUGGUCGAGGCGGCACGCAAGCGACUGUGACUGACGCCAACCUGGUGCUUGGAUAUCUACCUGAAACUCUGCUGGGAGGCGACUUCACACUGGACAUCGCGGCCGCUCGUGCCGCUGUAGGUUCGCUGGCCGAGGAGAUGGGCAAGACACUGUACGAAGCCGCGGAAGCCAUCAUUGAUCUUGCAAACGAGGCCAUCUAUGGUGCUCUUCGGUUGGUGUCUGUCGAACAAGGCCAUAACCCAGCCGACUUUGCUUUGGUCGCUUUUGGUGGUGCUGGACCGCUGUGCGCCAACGCCGUAGGCAAGUUGCUAGGAGCAUGGCCGGUCAUCGUACCAGCUGCGCCUGGUAUUCUUUGUGCACAAGGCGACGCCACCACAAAGAUGAGCCACGAGCUCUCUGCGUCCUUCAUCCAACUUCUGAAGUCGACGACCAUGGAGAUCAUCCGGCAUGAAAUCCAAAUGCUAAAGGAGAGAUGCGAGGCUACAAUGAAGGACGCAUUGGACGAGGAAGAGCCCCUGCUCGAUGUUGCGUAUGUCGCUGCUUUGCGUUAUAAAGGUCAAGCGCUGGAGCUGGGUAUCUCGCUGUCGGAGGACGACCUGGCUCAGUCGAUGGAAGCUUUCGAGAAGGUCGCAAAGGACAAAUUUGACCAGGUCCACCAACAGCAAUUCAGCUACACGCUUGAAAACUUCCCAUUGGAGCUCACCCGUCUCACUGUCACCAUCACAGACGCCUCGCCCGAUAUCGAGAUUCCUCGCAUCCCCACGGCAGACACCGAAACUCCGCCGGGGACCGCCAUCCUGAAGAAGAAGACGAUCGUGGUCCAAGGUAAAGAGCAUGAGGCCACAUUCUGGGAUCGUGGUGCUCUUGCAGCUGGACACAAGGUACAAGGUCCUGCCGUGGUUGUGGAAAUGGACAGCAACACUCUGGUCAGCCCAGGCUUCGUCGGUGAGGUCGACGCAGUGGGAAACAUUUGCAUCUCUCCUUUGCCAGGCAACGAGAUGCCUUCCUUCAAGUCGAGGUUUGAGAGCGCGGUGUCUGACAAGACGCAAGAGCAGAAAGAUGCAGAGGCCAGAAAAGUCGUCGAGGACAUUCCGACAUUACCGACGCUCAUUUCGUCGUCGUUGGCUUCCAUCAGAGCUGAGAUGGAUACGCUCAUGCUUCGAUGCUCGAUGAGUCCCGCAAUCAGAGAGCAGCAAGACGAGUUCAACGUCAUCGUGCUCCUCCCGAUCUACUUCGAGCAUAAGCUAGUUGGCUGGGCUGCCAACUUUGGCCAUAUGACCGACGUGCAGGGCCAAGUGCCUGGUUCGAUGUCGAUCAACGCUCAAACCAUCUUCGACGAUGGUCUGCAAGUCCCGACGAUGAAACUAUUCGAGCGAGGGAAGAUGAACAAAUCCAUUGUCGAGCUCAUGUGUCGCAAUUCCCGACAGCCAGAAUGGCUUCGCUCAGAUCUCUUAGCCCUCAUCUCAGCCUGCCGCACAGCCGCAACUCGUGUCUGCGAGCUCUGCACUCGUUUCGGACCCGAAGUCUAUGCCGCCUCAACCGACAUACUUCUACAGCGGGCCAGGACUGCAGUCAGCGAUAUCAUUGAGAAACACAUGUCAGACGAAACGACAACAUUUGUGGACUUUGUCGACGAUGACGGGCAUGGUCGUGGUCCCUUUGCGAUCAAAUGCACCCUGAGCAAGACGGCAAAGAACCGUCUGAAAUUCGACUUCAGCGGGACCAGUCCUCAGGCGAGCUCGAGCAUCAAUUACUUCCUCAGUGAGAAGAUGUGGCGCAUGUUCGUGGGCUACUACUUGCUUGUGGUCCAUGCUCCCUACACGAUCCCGAACGAUGGCUUCCACGACCUGAUUGAUGUGGAAAUUCCGGAGGGCUGUAUCCUCAAACCAGUCCGUCCGGCUGCGUUGUCUUGCCGGACACACUUUCUGGGAAGGGUCAUGGACAUCAUGCAAGCCUUGUUCGGUCAGAAGAACAGUGCUUUUAUGACCGCUGCAGGGUUUAGUGAUUCUCCGCACUUUUUCUACUCCGGCUUCAAGCCAAAUGGUGAAUGGUACCAGCUCUACCAGAUCGCAUUUGGCGGCGUUCCUGCCCGCCCCAAGGGCGACGGGCCUGACUGCCAUUGUCUUUUCCCGGCAAUCAAGAGUGUACCGACUGAAUCGAUCGAGUUGAACUUCCCAGUUCGCUUGGAAGUCAACGAAGCAGUAGCAGACACUGGCGGCGCUGGUUUUUAUCGAGGAGGCAACGCUCAGAAGACAAUGUAUCGUUUCUUGUCCGCGGGUGAGUUCAGCAUACACGACGAUCGAUGGUUCACCAAGCCCUGGGGCGUCCGCGGCGGUAAGCCUGGGGCUCGCAGCAAGAAGGCGAUUCACCGCGUGAACGGCGACAUUGAGCUCCUGCCUUCAAAGUGCGAUCACAUCAAAGUGGUACCAGGCGAUCUCUUGGAAUGGCAGACCUGGGGAGGAGGCGGCUUGGGUGACCCUCUCACCAGACCCGGCGAGACAGUCGCCCUCGAAGUCCGCCGCAAGCUCGUGACAAUUCCCGGUGCCAAAGAGAAUUACGGCGUGGUCAUCAACCCGGAAACUCUCCAACUCGACGAGCUGCAAACCGAGACCUUGCGUGCCAACAUCGAGAAGUCAGAAGCCGGCAAGGAGGCACCGUUGUACGAUCGCGGCGGCACAGUCGCCGAGCUGGCAGCGAACUGCAAAGAGGAGACGGGUUUCGAGGCGCCAAAGCCGCAGUGGGAGGAGGAGGUGUACGGACCGCAUGUGGCGCUGGACUAUGUUCAGGACUGGUACAAGAAGGGCAGAGAAGUCGGGUAUCAGAUGUGGGAUUGCUAG